GGCGGCGGGUCUCCCAAGUCCUCGCCCGGCGGGCGCGCGCCACAGUACGCGGGUGCGCGGCAAGGGCGGCGGGGCGGGGCGGGGUCCUGGGACCCCCGGGCUGGGCGGGGCGCGGGUCCGCAGACAGCAAGACUUACUGCUCGGCUCCGCCCGGCAGGCGGACCGGUGAGCGGGGGCGGGGUCGCCCCAGGGGGCGCGGGCGCAGGUGGCCGAGCGCCCCGCGGAGCCCUAGGGCCCUGGAGCUGCGGCGCUCGGCACGUCGAUCCGGGAUCCGAAGCAGCUUUGGUAGCACCAUGUUUCGGGCAGCGGAGGCCCUGCCAGCCGGCCGGGCAGCCGUUCGAGGGGGCCCGGCGGGAGGCGCGGCAUCAAGGCGCAGUAGCGGCUAGGGCGGGCUCGCCGCCAGGCGCCUCCCGGGUCCCCCGCCCCGAGACCCAACUCCAGCCCGGGAACAAGUUGAGCUGCCGACGGGAAGCCGGGUUGCAGGACCACUGGCCCGCCAUGCCGGCGGUCAAGAAGGAGCUCCCGGGCCGCGAAGACCUGGCCCUGGCUCUGGCCACUUUCCAUCCGACCCUGGCGGCGCUGCCGCUGCCGCCGCUGCCCGGCUACCUGGCUCCACUGCCUGCCGUGGCCGCGCUGCCUCCGGCAGCCUCGCUACCGGCCGCGACCGCUGGCUACGAGGCUCUCUUGGCUCCGCCGCUCCGCACCUCGCGCGCCUACCUGAGCCUGCAUGAGGCCGCCCCACACCUCCACCUGCCCCGGGACCCUCUGGCCCUCGAGCGCUUCUCGGCCACGGCGGCUGCGGCACCGGAUUUCCAGCCGCUGCUGGACAACGGCGAGCCGUGUAUCGAGGUGGAGUGUGGCGCCAACCGCGCGCUGCUGUACGUGCGCAAACUCUGCCAGGGCAGCAAGGGUCCGUCCAUCCGCCACCGCGGCGAGUGGCUUACACCCAACGAGUUCCAGUUUGUCAGCGGCCGCGAAACGGCCAAGGACUGGAAGCGCAGCAUUCGCCACAAAGGGAAAAGUCUGAAGACGCUUAUGUCCAAGGGGAUUCUGCAGGUGCACCCUCCGAUCUGCGACUGCCCGGGCUGCCGAAUAUCCUCCCCGGUGAACCGGGGGCGGCUGGCAGAUAAGAGGACAGUCGCCCUGCCCCCUGCUCGGGCCCUGAAGAAAGAGCUGACCCCCAGCUUCUCAGCCAGUGAUGGCGACAGCGACGGGAGUGGGCCGGCCUGUGGGCGGCGGCCAGGCUUGAAGCAGGAGGACGACCCCCACGUCCGUAUCAUGAAGAGAAGAGUCCACACCCACUGGGACGUGAACAUCUCCUUCCGAGAGACGUCCUGCAGCCAAGACAGCGACCUCCCCACCCUCAUCUCCAGCCUGCACCGCAGCAGCCACCUCGUGAUGCCCGAGCACCAGAGCCGCUGUGAGUUCCAGGGAGGCGGCGUGGAGAUAGGCCUGGGCAGCACAGGUGACGUGUUGGGCAAGAGGCUGGGCCGCUCCCCCCACAUCAGCACCGACUGCCCCUUGGAGAAGAAGGCUCGAAGCAAGUCCCCCCAAGCAGAGACUCUGUUGCUGCCGGAACUGGGGCCCGGCAUGGCCCCGGAGGAUCACUACCGCCGGCUGGUGUCCGCGCUGAGCGAGGCCGGCACCUUCGAGGACCCGCAGCGGCUCUACCACCUGGGCCUCCCCGGCCAUGAUCUCCUGAGGGUCCGGCAGGAGGUGGCUGCUGCAGCUGCGAGGAGCCCCAGUGGCCUGGAAGCCCACCUGCCCUCAUCCACGCCAGGUCAACGUCGGAAGCAGGGCCUCGCUCAGCACCGAGAGGGCCCCGCUCCAGCUGGCACCCCGUCUUUCUCAGAGAGGGAACUGUCACAGCCGGCCCCCUUGCUGUCGUCCCAGAAUGCCCCGCACAUCGCCCUGGGCCCCCACCUCAGGCCUCCCUUUUUGGGGGUGCCCUCGGCUCUAUGCCAGACCCCAGGUUUCGGCUUCCUGCCCCCUGCCCAGGCGGAGAUGCUCGCCCGGCAGCAGGAGCUCCUGCGGAAGCAGAACCUGGCCCGGCUGGAGCUGUCGGCGGAGCUGCUGCGUCACAAGGAACUGGAGAGCGCACCCCGGCCGCAGCUGCUGGCGCCGGAGGCCACGCUGCGCCCGCCCAGCGGCGCCGAGGAGCCGCAGCGGCGCGGGGCCCUGCUGGUGCUGAGACACAGCUCCGCGCCGGCGCUGGGUCUGCCGCCGCAGGGACCGCCGGGCCCGGGCCCCCCCACCCCGCCCCGGGAGCCCUCCCGCCGAGCCCCUCGAAAGGGGGGCUCCAGCCCUGCCUCAGCCCCGCCUAGCGAGCCCAAGGAGCCUGCUGGGACUGGGCUCUGGGCGCAAGAUGGCUCUGAAGAUGAGCCCCCCAAAGACUCCGACGGAGAGGAUCUCGAGACGGUGGCUGUUGGGGGCCAGGGCCCCGCCCCCGGCCCAGCCCUGACUGGAGGGGCCAGCUCAGAGGGGAAGGGGCUUCUCUCAGGGUCCAUGCUGCCCCCUCCACUGCCCCUGGGCUUGCCCUACGUCGGCCCCUACUUCCACACAGGCACCUCGGGGGGAUUCUUCACGGAGGGGGAGGAGGCCGUGGCCCCUGAGGACAUCAGCAAGUGGACCGUGGACGACGUCUGCAGCUUUGUGGGCAGCCUGUCCGGCUGCGGGGAAUACGCACCGGUCUUCAGAGAGCAGGGCAUCGACGGGGAGACCCUGCCCCUGCUGACGGAGGAGCACCUCCUCACCACCAUGGGGCUGAAGCUGGGGCCCGCCCUCAAAAUCCGGGCGCAGGUGAGUGCCACAGGGAAGGGGGGGGCGGUCUCCACAAGGGACAGGCAGACCUCAGCGCUUCCGGGCUGCAGACCCCCACCCAGGCCCGUCUCUCCACAGGUGGCCAAGCGCCUGGGCAGAGUCUUCUACAUGGCCAGCUUCCCUGUGGCUUUGCCGCUGCAGCCACCAGCCCUGCGGGCCCUGGAGCGGGAGCCCACCUCAGGGGAGCAGCCUCCGUCCCCAGCAGUGGCACCCUCGCCCUAUGGGGCAGGGCACCCCCCUGCUGGCCAAGCCUCACCUGAGCCAGAGAACGGGGCAAUGGCUCUGCUCCCGGGGCCCGUGGACCCCUCCCAGCCUCUCUGCUGAGUUGGGGGGUGGGCUGCUCAGGCCCCCUGCCUAUCAGUGCCAGCUGCUGCCAAGCAAAGGCUCCUCCCCCACAGCUUAUUUUCCUUUGGUUUUGGAAGCAAAAACACAGAAACUCUGAAAGGGAAACACAUGACUCAAGAGGAAAGGAACGUGUUUCCAAAGACUCGGGGGUGCUGGUGGAGCCUGGUGCAGGAUCCAAGCCCGGGCGCCGCAGAGAAACCAAAGACGUGCGGCUGUGCUGGCCCUGGCCCGGCUCCCUCUGGACCUGGGACCGUGGGGCGGGCUUCCAGCACCCUGACCUCAGGCCGGAGGGACAUGCCGCAGUGGGCGGGGGCCGCAGUGGGCGGGGGCCGCAGUGCAGGUGCCAGUCCCCAAGGACGCCACUUCAGGGAUCAGCACAGCGCUCGAUACUGUCUGGUCUUCUAUGUUGUAAAAAUAAAGCUCCAUCCAGGA